AGUCGUCUGAAAUCUGGCUAUACGUGACGUCACGAGAUUUCCUCCUAACAAGCGGCAGCUGCUGAAGCUAGUGGCGGAGACGGGGAGGACCGUCGCCGCAAUAUCAGUCUACAAAACAUUAUUUUUGGACACCGUAAUCUUCCGCAGCAUCCGCGGCAAUGGAUACAUCACCGUCCUGCUUCUAUUUUUAACAUUGGCUGUUCUAUCCAUAUAUUUUGCUACGCUGGAAUCACAAACGCUCAAAGGGGGUGUCCCUAUAAUUAGUCGUCUACCAGGCUGAGUCACCGCUGGAGUGCCUAAAAAGAGGAGGGAGAGGAGGAGGGUAGAAAGAGAGAGUUAGGUCAGAGAGACUGAAGGUGCGUCGAGGGGAAGUAGGGAAAGAGUGAGUCGGGGGGGAAAGUGCAAAGGUCAGGAACAUAAAAGAAAGUGCGAAAGGAAAAAGUCAAGUAAGUCGGAGAAAAGAGAGCGCGCAAGUGCCGGAGUGAGCUAGCGAGAGAAAAAGAGAGACAGACAACGUUCACACAAGCGCAGUGCCAGGGUCCAGACAGACGGGAGACAGCGCGCGGAGAGGCGAGCGCGUCUCCGAAGCCGACGGCGGGACUGCAAGGUCAGGACAGCUGACCCACAAUCCCCCCCCGCUCCCCUCCCCCCUUCCCUCCCCCCUCCCUCCCCCUUGCCCACCCCCCAGCCCCACCUCUCACCUCCGCCUCCCAGGUUAACACUGGGUCGACCCGACGAAGUGGAACCACCAUGAGCGAUCAGAACGUCGUGAAGGAAGGCUGGGUCCAGAAAAGAGGAGAGUACAUAAAGAACUGGCGACCGCGCUACUUCCUGUUGAAGACAGACGGCUCCUUCAUUGGCUACAAGGACAAACCGCAGGACGCCGACCUGGCCUAUCCCCUCAACAACUUCUCUGUAGCAAAAUGUCAGCUGAUGAAGACCGAGCGGCCCAAGCCCAACACCUUCAUCAUCCGCUGUCUCCAGUGGACCACAGUCAUCGAGAGGACCUUCCACGUGGACACGCCCGACGAGAGGGAUGAGUGGGCCGAGGCCAUUCAGAUGGUGGCAGAAUCCCUGGCCAAGCAGGAGGAAGAGGGCAUCCUGUGCAGCCCCACGUCACAGAUCGAGAACGUCAACGAGGAGGAGAUGGACACCUCCACCAGCCACCACAAACGGAAGACAAUGAAUGACUUUGACUAUCUGAAACUACUGGGAAAAGGCACUUUUGGCAAAGUCAUUCUGGUCAAGGAGAAGGCUAGCGGGACCUAUUACGCCAUGAAGAUCCUGAAAAAGGAAGUGAUCAUCGCAAAGGAUGAAGUUGCCCACACGCUCACAGAAAGCAGAGUAUUAAAAAACACCCGACAUCCAUUCCUAACCUCUCUGAAGUACUCCUUCCAGACUAAGGACAGGUUGUGCUUCGUCAUGGAGUACGUCAACGGAGGAGAGCUGUUUUUCCAUUUGUCGAGAGAGCGAGUCUUCUCCGAGGACCGCACCCGCUUCUACGGCGCUGAGAUCGUCUCCGCUUUAGACUACCUGCACUCGGCCAAGAUAGUGUACCGCGACCUGAAGCUGGAGAAUCUGAUGCUGGACAAAGACGGCCACAUCAAGAUCACCGACUUUGGCCUCUGCAAAGAGGGCAUCACCGACGCCGCCACCAUGAAGACCUUCUGCGGCACACCAGAGUACCUGGCCCCCGAGGUCCUGGAGGACAACGACUAUGGCCGGGCGGUGGACUGGUGGGGCCUGGGCGUGGUCAUGUAUGAGAUGAUGUGCGGCCGAUUGCCCUUCUACAACCAGGACCACGAGAAGCUGUUUGAGCUGAUCCUCAUGGAGGAGAUCAAGUUCCCACGCACCCUCUCGGCCGACGCCAAGUCCCUGCUGUCCGGCCUGCUCAUCAAGGACCCCAACAAGCGACUCGGCGGAGGGCCAGACGACGCCAAGGAGAUUAUGCGUCACAGCUUCUUUGCCGCCGUCGACUGGCAAGACGUGUACGACAAGAAGCUGGUCCCGCCCUUCAUGCCCCAGGUCUCCUCGGAGACAGACACGCGCUACUUUGACGAAGAGUUCACGGCGCAGACCAUCACCAUCACCCCUCCGGAAAAAUUCGACGAAGACGGGAUGGACGCUGCCGACAGCGAACGGAGGCCUCAUUUCCCCCAAUUCUCCUAUUCGGCCAGCGGGCGGGAGUGACAUAGCCAGCCGAGCCAGCCAGCCUGCCUGCCAGCCGAGCCAGUGUUCGUCACCCCCCCCCCUCCCACCCACCUCCCCCUCCCAUCCGCGGCCAUCCGAGGAAAACGCGUAGCCAUUUUAGGAAAAAGUCUCCCCUCUUUUUCUCCUUCUCUGUAUCCACGUGCAGACAGGGGGAAGUCUUUUUCGGGACUUUAAAAGGGGUUUUGCACAGUGGGAUAGACUCAAACCGGUCUGCCCACACAAAAAAAGAUGAAAAAAAAAAAAAAAAGUCUCCUACAUUUUCAACGCUAUUUCCUGCAGAAGGCAAUGUUUUUGUUAUUUUUUUUUUUUCUUCCGUCAGUAUUAGGUUAUCGACCUGUUGCGUUCAUUUAUUUCCUUUUGUCGUUUCUUUUUUCUUCUUCUUUUGACUCCUUUUUUGCACUUGGUUUGGAAGAGCCGUUCUAGGGAACAAAACCAAAAAUGUUGCCUUACGUGUGCAGAUGUUUCGUAUCAUACAGACAGGGUGAUUUAGGGAGGAGGGAGGGAAGGGAUGAGGGAUGAGGGCGUUCUUAGUUGAGAAGUGCAUGGCUCGUGGUUCAGUCUAAACUAUUCCUUUUUUCCUUACCCGUGUGUACCCGUCAUGGUAGCGCACAUUGCCCAACCCCACGUCAAGGAAGUCACCGUCUACAAAUAACCCAUCUCUGGAGAGAAAAAAACAAAACAACAAAAUGCAAACAAAACGAAUAGUUCCUUUAGACUCGUUUUACAGACAACCCUCCCUCCAAUCCCUUACCCCCCCCGCCCGCCCUAUCCACAAUAUUCUUUUUUAUUUAUCUUUCUAUCCUAACAGGAACACUGUAAACUGCCAGAAAACUUGCACGGUUCACUCAGGCAACACAGAGCACAACCGCAUUCAACUCAGCUACCAGUUUAGCUUCAACCACCCAUCAGGGAAAGAAAGCUACUAUAGUAUUAAUACAGGCCUUUUUUUGCAUAGUUUCCACAGUUCUGAACCUCUUUACCCUCCCCUCCCCAUAGCUGUAGGAAAAUAAUUAUGGUAUGGAUGUUUACACGACAAACUUACGGGGCUUUUGUAGGUCAAGCCAACUUUAUGCUGUUGUAACACACACUAGAUUUCAUAGAACACACACAGACACCAUUAACAUGAGCAUUCCGAUCUCUACAUGUAGUAUUUGUGACGAAAGGAAGGGAAAAAAACAACAACAAUACCCCGCCAGAUCUUUAUAAUUUGUUGUUACUGAGGUAUCAAUAAUCACUAAUCAUGUAUGACCACAGGUCACGUGAAUCUGAGCCAUGAAAUACUUGUGUAUGAAAACGUACGUGUGAGAAUGGGAAAAGAAUUGAAAGAUGUUUCCCCCCCCCUACCUUUUUGUGUGAUGUAAAUAUGCAAUGCCUUUUUUUUUCUUCUGUUUAGUGGCAUCUUGACCAGACAUGAACAUUUUCUUUUGUGUGACUGUACUUCAAGCUUGCUUGACAGGAACCCAGACCGCGGAAGAUUCCGAACUACGUUAUAUAUAUAUAUUAAAAAAAAAUAAUUAUAAAAAAAAAAAAAAAAAAGAUAACAAAAAAACAUGUCAAGACUGGACGAUCCAUUUGUGGUUGACGUUGCUACGACCUGUCUGUUCGGCGGAGGUUUCCAUGGAGAAGAGCCCCCCCCCCCCCCUCCCUCCCCCCCCCCCCCAGGUCCCAUGGUCUAAUUGCACUGAUGGCAGUCCCAUCAGAGCUUAUGUGAGAAGAUGCAUAUGAGUAUAUAGAGUGGAGUAUACACUGUAAUGUCUCUUUAUUUAUCCUCCCACGAAAAGCGGGACUAUGGUCGAUUUUGCAGUGAUGGUCACCAACGGUUGUUGUUCCCCCCCCAUCCUCUCCUUUUUUGUACCAUAGUACUUGUUUUAUUUAUAUGUUUGUGUCAUUCUAGGCAGUGUUUACCCAGUGUGUUUGUCCAGAGUCAUAAAGGCACCUCUUUUAAGUCACUGAAGGAUGUUGUUGGAUGCAUUAACUAAAGUCUCUUUUUUAUCCAAUGUUUUUUUUUUUUUUUUUUCUCAAUCGUUUUUUGCUUGUUUGUUUUCUUACCAAAAUAUUAGGGCAAGAACCCAAUAGUGGACUUGCGUUGCCGUGGUAGUAUUUAUUUUGAAUUAAAUUAAAAGAAUACAUUUCAGGGU